GAGCCGGCAACUGAGUGCAAUAUGGCGGUGGUUGCCUAUCAGUUGUGGGUGUUGUGAGAUAAGGCCCGGGUCCUGCCUCCGAGAGAUAGAAGACGCCUUGACAAGCGACGAUGCCUGAUGCCUAGUUCUUGCUCUCCUUAAGCUGAAUACAUUGUGAUUUCCAGUAAUAGAGACAGUAUUUCUGAAGGCUGUCUACAUUAAUGAAAAGAGCAAUGUAGUCAGCUUAAAUGAAUCAUCCGCAUUGCCUAUUGACUGAGAAAUGGUACAUUUGAAUUGCUGGACAGUUGCAUGUUAGGUCUAUAUAUAAUAUAAACUUGUUAAGUUAUUUUGUUUAAAUUAAUUGUUAUCAAUUAGUGAUAAGUAUGGAGGAGUGUGGCAAUGUAGAGCUUCCCCCAGAAGAAAAUGGAAACCCAGACAUGGAAUUGGCGUCUGUUUGUCCCCCACCUCUUCCACCAUAUGAAGAGCCUCCACCACCUCCCCUGCAAACGUCCAGUGACGCAGAGGUAAUGGACGUUGGCUCCGGUGGUGAUGGACAGUUAAAAACCCCAGCUGAGGACCUCCAACAGAACCACGAUGAACAACUUCUCACUAAAGGGUCUUCUCCAUACACAAGUUGUCUUUCAGUUGUAGAUCCUGAUCUAAGUGACCAAAGUUCCAGAACUGCUCGCAAUGCACCAGCAAUUAAGAGGUUUACCCCCAGUCUUAAGUUCCUUAAAGAUGUUAAGAUUAGUGUAAGCUUUACAGAGAGUUGCAAAAGCCAAGACAGACGGGUUCUGUACACAGGAGCAGAGUCAAAAGAUGAGGUAGAAUUAGAUAUCAGUAAGACAAAUGUCAAUGGAGACUUGCAUGUUUGUCCUUUUGCUGGUACUAGCAAUGGUAAAAUAGUGGGUACAAUUGAAAAUGCAAACAAACAAAACAUUGAGGCUGAACCAGAGCUGGAGAAGAAAGUGGAAUAUGCUGUUCUGGACGAAGUGGAAGAUUUCACUGAAAAUGUGAUGGAUGUUGAUGAAGAAGGAGUAGAUUUUGCAUCUGAGGCUAUUCUCCAGCGAGAUACAGCUGAUGAAGAUGGCCUGAUGUUCAGUUAUGAGGAUGAUUUUGAUAACGAUGUGGAUGCACUUUUGGAAGAGAGUCUACACACUUCCAAGAAAAGAAGGCUGGAUGAUGAAAAAUAUGAAGUGGAAAGCGAUCACCAAUCAGAUGGAGAGACAACAGUCCAGCCCAUGGUGACCAAAAUAAAAACUGUUCUGAAAAGUCGUGGUCGUCCACCCACUGAGCCGUUACCUGAUGGAUGGAUCAUGACGUUCCAUAACUCCGGCAUACCUGUGUACUUACAUCGCGAAACCAGAGUAGUCACCUGGUCCAGGCCUUACUUUUUAGGAACUGGAAGCAUAAGGAAACACGAUCCUCCGAUUAGUGGCAUUCCCUGUUUGCAUUACAAAAGAAUGCAGGAAAAUGAAGAAAAAGAGAGGAUUAAUGACACCCUGGGCCCGUUAUUGGAAUCUCCUGAAAAGACUUCAGAGUUAGACCGCCAGUCUGAAGACCUAGAGUCUUUUGCAGCUGAAUCCACAGGGGAGAUAACACAAGGCGCACUGGGACAGGUCAGGGCCAAAGUAGAAGUAUGCAAGGAUGAAUCCAUAGAUUUAGAAAACUUCCGACGCUAUUUGGAAAAGCGAUUUGACUUUGAGCAGGUCACCGUUAAAAAGUUCAGGACCUGGGCAGAAAGAAGGCAGUUUAACCGUGAAGUGAAACGCAAGCAGGCUGAAUGCGAAAGGCCAAUUUUGCCAGCAAACCAGAAACUUAUCACUUUGUCUGUGCAAGAUGCCCCUACAAAGAAAGAGUUUAUUAUUAAUCCUAAUGGGAAAUCUGAAGUUUGCAUCCUUCAUGAAUAUAUGCAACGAAUCUUGAAAGUUCGCCCUGUUUACAACUUUUUUGAAUGUGAGAACCCAAGUGAACCUUUUGGAACCUCUGUAAUAAUUGAUGGAGUGGCCUAUGGCACAGGGACUGCAAGCAGCAAAAAAUUGGCAAAGAAUAAAGCUGCCCGUGCUACACUGGAAAUCCUCAUUCCUGACUUUGUAAAGCAGACUGCAGAAGAGAAGGCCAAAGACAGUGAUGAGCUUGAGUAUUUCAACCAUGUCAGUAUUGAGGACUCUCGAGUUUAUGAGCUGACUAAUAAAGCUGGACUGUUGUCUCCAUAUCAAAUCCUCCACGAGUGCCUUAAAAGAAAUCAUGGAAUGGGGGACACAUCAAUCAAAUUUGAAGUGAUCCCUGGCAAGAACCAGAAAAGUGAAUAUGUAAUGACUUGUGGGAAGCACACUGUGCGAGGCUGGUGCAAAAACAAGAGGGUUGGGAAACAGCUGGCAUCUCAGAAAAUCCUUCAAUUACUUCACCCGCAUGUGAAAAACUGGGGUUCCCUGCUAAGAAUGUAUGGAAGGGAGAGCAGCAAGAUGGUGAAACAGGAAACGUCAGAUAAAAGUGUGAUAGAACUUCAGCAGUAUGCCAAAAAGAACAAGCCAAACCUCCAUAUCUUAAACAAGCUGCAGGAAGAGAUGAAGCGGCUGGCUCAGGAGAGGGAGGAAACUCGAAAGAAACCCAAGAUGACGAUUGUUGAAUCUGCCCAGCCUGGAAGCGAACCCUUGUGCACUGUUGAUGUGUGACCUUGACAUGUACAGGAGCAAUAAGGAACCCUGGAGACUACUUAAACU